CAUUCACUGCGUUGAUCAGGAAGCUGAACUGCCUCGGAAAGAAGCCUUUUGCGUUUCCUGAGGCGACCAAAUGGACACUUCUCAUUUUCAUUACUCCGAAACCGUUCACAACUGAACCCCUUUAGGUUAGAAGGGCGAAAUAGAGCAGAAUAAAUCAAAUCAGACGAACAUUGAUCCGCAUACGACGCAUAAUACACGUUAUUCCUCGGUCGCGUGCUCGCAGCGCCUCUGCUCGUGAGCUCGCGCUAAUCACAUCUGACUAGCCUCUCAGGUCUAAAGAUACUGUAAGCAGAGAUGUCCAAGCCCCCGAAUUCUGCUUCUCGGUCCCGUUCUAGGUCUAGGACUAGAUCACGGUCCUACUCACGAUCUCACUCGAGGACUCGCUCCCGCUCAAGGUCCAGAAAGCGUCGCUACAGUUCUAGAUCAAGAUCCCGUUCGCAUAGCAGGGAGAGGAACUAUCCUUCCAGAGAUUUCCAGGGCAAUCGUGGUUAUAACCGUGGUUAUAACCGUGGCUACCGGAGGCCCUUUCAGUACAACCGGGGCAGAGGGCGUGGCUACUUCCCACGAGGGAACUAUUAUCGAGGUGGGAGCAACUAUGGUUACCGUUCCAACCAUGGUUCCAACUGGCACGGCCAUAGAGAUCAGCAACAGCCAUACGACCACUCGUACAGCCCUAGGAGGGGGCGCUCACGUUCCCACACUCCACGGAAAAGAUCACCAAGCCGAAGCCAUUCACGUCAUUCCGGUAAAUCUUCCUCGGGGCGUUCCAGACGUUCCAGCUCCUCCUCCCGCUCCUCGUCCCCACGACGACGCAACUCGAGUGCGGGACGACCUCAUGCCAAAGAAGCCAAAGGAAGGGCUUCACCGGGUGAGAACAAGGGAGCCAGCAAGGAAGCAUCCAAGCCUACAGGAAGCAGCCCAGAGGAACCCAGUAGUAAGUGGGAAGGCCUAUCUGACUACGAUGGCAGUCCCAAACGCAACGCUGCAUCUGCUGGGAGUCAGUCGGAGGUUAAGGUGUCCCUUUCUGGAGGUUCCGGCAAUGGUGGUCCACUGUGGCGAACCAUUGGCCCCGCCAGUAAAAGUCCACCGGCAAAGACGUCAAGUUCGUCAACACCAACUGGCUUUGGGUUCUUCACAAAAGAAGACUUGAAGACAGAAGACAAAUCGGCCUCCAUCUCAACUGCUUUCAAAAAGUUUUUGGCAGAAAAGAAAAAGCCCUUAUCAGACAGGGAUAACGGAAGGGGUGAGGCUUUAAGCUUGGGCGACGCUGACAGCGAAAAGAGCGGCGGUAAGUCGAGGAGCAUGUUCGAAGCAUCCGAGUCCGGCUACGACGGCUCAAAGACUGACAAAGGACUUCCUUUUCUGGAUGCCGAGGAAGAGGAGUAUCGCCAGGAAAUGAAAGACAGGAAGACUGAGGAAGAAUCCAAGUAUAAAGAAAAAACCAUUGUCACCAUGCGGGGCUUAACCGAAGAGCGUUUCGGGAAAUGGGAUGACUCCAUCUAUCUGUCCAACAAAGAUGUUGAAGAGGAUCUGGAUGAGGAACUUUAUCGCAGUCGGAAGCAUGCUUCUAGAAAAGAAGAGAAGGCCUCCAAGAAGAAAGAAAAGAAAAAAAGCAGGAUCAGUCCAUCCGCUCCAUCUCCAUCGAGUGUGUCAGAGAAUAGAGGCAGGCCACUGUUUCCCGCUGGAAGAGAGGCCUCGCCCCCGGCUAAAUCCUCAGGGAAGAAAGACCCACACUUUAAUUUCAGUAUAAAGGCAUUCACUGAUGGUGGAGAAAGCUCAUCAGCUCCAUUAGCUAAAGAAAGACAUUUGUCACGGGAUCUUGUGCACCCUGGUAAAAAAGAUCAUGAGGAGUUUCGCUCGAUCUUCCAGCAUAUUCAGUCUGCUCAGCUUCGCAGGAGCCCUUCAGAGCUGUUUGCUCAACACAUAGUCACCAUAGUUCAUCAUAUUAAAGCUCAACAUUUCAAGUCAUCCGGGAUGACUCUGAAUGAGCGAUUUGGAAUAUACCAAAGAAAAGCUGCAGAGCUGGAAAUGAUGAAGCCGAGAAAGAGUCCUGAGAUCCACAGGCGAAUCGAUGUGUCUCCCAGUGCUUUUAAGAAGCACACUCACCUGUUUGAGGAUUUCGAAGAGAGCAGCUACAAGGAUCAUGGUAAAAAACAUGAGGGCGAAUCUUUGGACCUUCGUUUGGCUAUUGAGCGCCGUAAAAAGGAUCCUAAACGAGAGGGGGGAAAGAGUUCAGCUGGCUCACGCACGCCCAGUCAUGAACUCUCCCCUGACAGAUCCUCCAAACACAAGAAAGCAAAGAAAAGCAAGAAGAAGCGGGAGCGCUCGCCCUCCUCAUCAUCAUCUUCCUCCUCCUCUCCCUCUCCUCAUCCAUACAGAGGAAAAGAGUACCAUCCGGAGGAGCACAUGGAAGGAGGAGGGGGUUUUAACAAGGCCCGCCUGGGGUCAAGGGAGUUUCCCGGGCCCAUGGAGCGCGGCCCUCGGGACUAUGAGGGCCACAUGGACAGGGGUUAUGAGAGGGGAAGAGGAGGAUACGACCGAGGAGGAUAUGACAGGGGUCGUGGGGGUUACGAUCGGGGAUUUCCCAGAAUGAGAGGAAGAGGAUGGAACCGAGGAAAUUACCCUGGCAACAACACCAAUAACAACCCUCCAAUUAUGGGCGGCCCUUCACGCCCCCCAGAGGAAGAGUGGGACCCCGAAUACACCCCCAAGAGUCGGAAGUACUUCCAGCAUGACGACCGGGACAAGGAAGGGGAGAUGAAGUGGGUGGACACUCGGGGGCGCGGCAGAGGCAAUUUCCCCCGCAGCAGGGGCACCUUCAUUAUUCGCAAAAGCGGCGGCAGCCCCAAGUGGACCCACGACAUGUUCCAGGGCAACGCUGAAGAGGGAGAAUUGGGAGAUGGCAGCGCAGAGCACAAAGAUGACGAAAAGUCUGGCGAAAGCACUGCUUCCAAGCCAUAGACGGAUCGGCACCCAUUUGUGUCUGUUCUCCUCUACCGUCUCUAACUCAACGAGAGCCCUCGUGAGAAAUGCAUCCUCGUGUGUUCAGGUGUUGGACUGUGAAGCCCCAUACGGUAGAGCCAUGUCGUUUAUAGCAUCACACAAUCUGCUACUUUUUUUUCAGUUUUCACGUUUUUCGCUUGUUUUCGAGGUUCAUGGGGGGGGGUGAUGAUUUGAAGGAAAAAAUUCAGUCAUUCAUAAUUGAUUUUCAUUUAAAAAGUGCAAUAAAAAAUCUGUGCACUUGUGCCUUAGAUUUAACUGUAGUUUUAUGAUUCCUUUUUAUUUUUUGUUUUAAUUUUGAUAAUUUCUGCCAGUAGACUUUCCCCUUUACAUGUUUGGAAUUGCAUGUAAAUUCAUUCAUUUAUAUUUCAUAAUGUCAUUGGUGUACGGUUCAGUCUUAUUGGAGCAUAUCCCUUGCGGACCAAUACACUGUGUACUGGGGCCGAUUUUCUCCAGAAAAGUGUCUGUUUAAAAUGUACAGAUUAAGAUUGUCCU